AUGCAUUUACUGUCUAUCUAUCUAUCUAUCUAUCUAUCUAUCUAUCUAUCUAUCUGUUUUUAUAUUCUUUUAUCUAUCUAUCUAUCUAUCUAUCUGUGUGUUUGCUUCUUAGUCUUUCAAACUGAUUUUUGCAACAGAUUUCAUGCAACAAAAGAAAUUCAUCUCUUUUUAUUUCCAUCUCUACACACACACACACACUCUCUGUAUUAUCUCCUUUCUCUUAUCUUCCCCACUUUUCUCUCUCAUUUGUUUUCCUCUCUCAUUUGUUUUCCUCUCUCUUUUCCUAUCCUCUUUCUCUUUUGUUCUUAUCUCUCUUCCUCUGUCUUGAUUAGUAUCUGCUCCACAACCUUUCCUCCAUUUCUCUCUCUGCUUUUUCACCACCACUUUCUUUCUCUUUCUGUAACUUUCUGUUCUCAUCUCACUCUGCUUUCUUCUCAUUUUUUGUCUGUAUUUCUUAUCACCUUUCUUUCUCCCUCUGUCUUUUUCUUUCUCACAAGGUCAUUUUCUCCUUGCAAUUUUGUCCCUCACCUCCCUCUCUCUCUCUGUUUCUUUCCUACCACUUUCUCUCUCUAUCCCUGUCUUUCUGUUCUGAACUCUCCCUCUGUUUCCUUCCUUCUCUACUGCUGCACUUUCUUAUUGUCUCUCUAUACGACUUUUAUUUGGCCUGACAGAUUUCUCUUUCUCACUUCAGAUUUCCAUUAUCCCAUCCUCUCUCUCUCUCUUUCUCUCUCUCAGUUUUCUCUCCACAUGUUUUUGCUCUCUCUGUUUCUUCAACUUCGUCCGUUUUCUCCCUCACAAUAUCCUCUCUUUUGUUAUACUCUGACUCUUUAA